AUGCUCGCUACUACCGCCGCAUCUAAGCAAAGCCAAUUUUCCCCCGAACUUACCACCACACAGGAGUUGCAGAUCCGAUUGAGAGAACACCCUCUUUCACAACCCCUAGCUGACAUGUUACCGUCGUGGAAUCAGUUCACCCACAUUCGGCCAGUUCGACAUUCCGGUUCGCGGACACUGGGAUAA